UCUCGGGAGCCACCCUUUGACGCCCCACGAGAAGCCCGCGCAAGCCAACCUGUCCAUACGCCGUUAAGGAUCCUGUAGGCGCUGUGCGAGAAUGUGGGCGUAAUACCGUCGAAGAUAGCGGACUGCUAAAAUCUCUGCCUUCACCCAGACCGCGCGUUCCAAGAACGUCCAGUCCAUCGAAGAGUUGCAAGAGGAGGAUUGAAUGGGUUAGGGCCCCAGAGUAGGCGAGACCAGUCGCUAUUUACCAACGUCAAAGACGAGAUAUGCUAUCCGCAGUUCCUCCCCUAACCGCGAUAUCCUUUUCCUACGGCCUUCAUCCAUCUUAUAAAUAUUGCUCUCGCCAUGGCAAGUCCUUACUUUAAUCCUGCGAACAACUAUGAAGCCCAGCAUGAAGGCAGCGAAGCCUUUGGGAUCAACAGCACAUACGUUCGUCGCUUCCUAGCUCGGUUAGCACUUCGUACCACGGCGAAGUUCUUCACUCGGGACGGGCCAUGCAUACCGCUUUCCAAGCACAUAAUUCUCAAAACAGGAUAUUCAGUACACCUGUCUAAAGCCGUCACGAUGAAGUAUGUCGCUUAACAUACAUUAAUCCCUGUCCCUACAAUUUAUUGCUCCUUUCUUCACAAGAACAGAGCGUAUAUUGUCAUAGAACGGAUCCGAGGCGAGACUUUGGCAGGUGCCUGGAAGAACCUAUCUAAGGAGUCUCUUCGGAAAAUCUUCUCGCAGCUAAAGGAGAUAAUCAAAGAACUUCGGACUUUAGAGCCUCCGCCUAAUACGGGAGUAGAGAGCUGCGUUGGUAGCUCCUUGUACGAUUCUCGCCUACCCCACGGGACGCCGCGCUUUAGGCCUUUUAAGACUAUCCAAGAGUUU